GGUUGGAGUGAGCUUCGGCCUGCUGUGCAUCGUACAGUCCACUCUCAAUGUUUGUCUUCGGCUGCAGGCUGUUGGGUUUUUUAACAGCUCCGACAAUAUCCCGACUAGCAAUUUCAUCCCGAAGUCAGAUGAUGACAUCCAAGCCCUGAUUUUAGAGAGGGAUCAACUGCUUCAGGUUGUAGACCAACUUAAUCAAGAUAAAGUCCAACUGGUUCAAGAGAAACAACAACUUCUUCAAGAUAAAGACCAACUGGUUCAAGAGAAAAACAAACUGGCAAAACUAAAGGAAGAGCUACAGGUCACUAAUAGGGACCUGACUGAAGAAAUUAACAUGUUAAAAGAGAAAGUCAUCCAUCAACAAAUUGAGAUAGACAGAUUUCAGUCGAGAAGAAUAUUAAUGGAAAAAAGUAGCGUCCCAAGAUGUCCCCAGGGAUGGUGGACAUACAAAUCCAGCUGCUACCAGCUUUCCUCUGUGAGAGACACCUGGCAAAAUGCCAGACAAGACUGUGAGAGUAAAGGAGCUUAUUUGGUGAUUUUGAACGAUGACAUAGAAGAGAAAGUCGUCCGUAGUUUUGGAGCUGUCAAAAUGUGGAUGGGCUUGAGAUGUCGACAUUCGAGAUGGACGUGGAUGGAUGAAUACCCGCUGCCUCCUCAUCCCUCGAAUGUGCAGCUGGACUGUUGGAGCCCCAGGAAUUGCAGGUGUGCAAAUGUUGACGGAAGCGAUUUGUGCUCAGAGACCUGGUUCAUCCGCAACUGCAAAGAACAUCACCACUGGAUGUGUGAGAAGGAGCCAGCCAUUAUCUGACCUCUAUAGGGCUUUCAUAACAAACGUCUCUGUAUAUACGUAUAUAUCUAUUCAUUGUCAUUGUUGAUUUUAAUGGCUUCAUUAUUCUGACACAUUUAUAUCGAUGUGUCAGUGUAAGUGUUUUCUGCUUUGUGUGAAGAGAGUAAAGAGUAAAACAAAAAAUCUUACCACUAGUUUGUUUAUAUUAAAAUCGUAUUAAAUUGUAUUCAGAGAUAAACUUCAAUCUUUAAUGUGUUUUAAUAGUUAUUAAAGGCCUCUUCGGUGCUUGGCUUUAGACAGCAAUACCACUGACUUGCAGUAUUCAUAUUUAAUUCAGUCAAUGUUUUACAUUCAUGAAAUUAAUUUAUCUCCAAUGCUCAGAAGAGUCAGUAAAAUGCAGUGAAACCCUUCACAUGUCGAGGACUUUGUGCAAAUAAUGUACCAACACCUGGUGGCCACUAGAGGGUGGUAGAGGAUGUUAUUUUAAAUGUUUUGUACCUCGUACUCUUCAUGUCAGUGGUUGGUAUGUCUACGAUAAUGAAGACAGGAAUUUGGAAAUGCUUUGCAGCAAGCAUU